CCCGCCAUUCUGACGUGCCCUGCUAUGUGGACGCACUGUCUAAUUGGAAUUGGAGGAGGGUGGGUCAAUUACACCCUGCUGUCUGAAUUGCCAACCUACAUGGAAAAUAUAUUACACUACGACAUCGACGAGGCUGGCCUCAUCUCAGCCCUGCCUUAUCUAUUUGGUUGGAUGAGCUGCAGUAUCUACAGCUUUCUGACUGAGAAAUUAACACAGAGAGGAGUGCACAUUAUGACCAUCUUCAGAGCAUGGGACGCAGUAUCUUGUUUUGGACCUGCGAUCUGCUUCCUGGCGCUGACCUUCAUCGACUGCGACGUGCCAGCCAUCAUCACGCUGUUCGUCUUCACCAUGGUAUUCCGCUGUGCCAUUUACGGCGGUUCCUACCUCAACCACAUCUACCUGUUCCCUCGCGCCUAUGGAAGCGCGGCUGGUCUUUAUCUCACUCUGGGAAACUCCACAGGGAUCAUCACUCCGAUUGUCACCAGCGCUUUUGUUUCGGGCCGGGAAACAGUGCAGCAGUGGAAGUACGUCUUCUACGUGGCGAUGACAAUUUCAUUUAUACCGUAUUUCGUGUUCCUCAUUUUUGGUUCUGUUGACAAUCACGAAAUUAAAUGGGAAGAGCGCAGAGAGAAGAAGAGGAAACAGAAUACGGGCCCAUAAACAUGAUCCCGAAUUAUGCUGACGCUGUGUACUUCAAACGAGGUAGCAAAACGCCGCCGAAACCUGUAUGAAAAUAGUCGUCUUCUGUCCAGAUGCAUUUAUUAGGAGGAAUACAGUAACGUCAAAAGGACGUCGUCGUCGCUGAGUGACUGAAUAUUAAUCAGUACACGUGAAAAGCAACAAUUCUUAUCAGUCUUUGCCAUUAAUAAUAUUUUUGUAACAGUUACGGUUCUGUAAAUUAGUGCUUUGUUUCUGCAAAAGUUAGCAGCGAUGUGAGCAGAUCGAGAUGAAUGUAUCGAGCAGUGACAGAAGAGCACGCUUAAAAAUGUACUGCUCUGGUACUGGCACAUCCGUACUUCCGACAUAUUCCCUAAUACUAGAGUAAAUGCUCGUUAAUUGUUGUUAAAAAUCUAGUAUUAUGUUCUUUUAGUAUAAUUGUAAGAAAAGCUAUGAGAAUCUCUUCUGCUUUGCAAAUAUCGUAGCUGAGCCAGUCUCUUUAAAAUUCGAUUACCACUGUUCCUUCUCGACUGGGAUACGAUACUGUAAAAACUGAUAAAUAAGGACGAAGCACUCGUAAAAUUAUGCUAUCAUUCAUAAUCGGAGUUAUAAGUCUUUCACUACAUAAAAUGAAAUUACCUACGCCAAUAUGCUAACGCAGAAAAAUGGGUUACUCUUGCGUUUAUUGUUCUGAAUUACCUUAUUCAGAAUUAGUGAGAUAUUUUUGUGAGCUCUACAAUACUCCCUUUUCUUUGAUGUUCAGUGGUGUAACUAAAGAAGCAAUCAAAAAGUUUCCGUUCGAAGGCCGUAUAGCUCAGAAAUGGUAUGCCAAUCAGGCAAAACCGCCGUGAACCCUGAGGUGAUCAUGCACCAGGUUGAAGAUAACAGUUUGGUUAAGCCCUUGUCCUCCUACUGCGUGAAGUAGUCCUAAACUUCCUGCUGCAUAUCAUCGUCCGACAGGAACCGCCAACCCUUCAAUGUCUUUUUUAAGGGACAGAAGGCGCGAUAAUCGCAUGGAAAGCGAUCAGGACUCUAUGGCCGGUGAUAGAGUGCCUCCCACUUGACUGUUUCUGUGUUACGACACUGCGAUGUGGAGAUGUGUGUUAUCGUAACGCAACAGCAGCUCUUGUCGCCGUUUUUCCCGGUCAUUUUGCCUUAAUUGUAAGCCGUAAUUUCUCCAGCGUUGCGCAGUACCAUUCCCUAAAGUUGGAGACACCAAGUUCCUUGAAAUCGAUAAGCAAUCCUAGAUCGAAUGACGACGAGCACGGAACUUGGCGCAUCAUUCCACAAGGGUGUUUUCCGACAGACAUGCUGUCCGAGGCACAUUCUUCAUUCUCCGAUGGAUGUCUACCAGUGUUUGUCCUUCGGAAGCCAAGAAAAGAACAACUUCCCGUCGGUCCUGUCUGUACGCAUUUACUAAUAACGUCGCCAUAGUUCACGUUUCCACGUUUAUUGCACGCAUGUCGGAAAGUCACGAACGCCACACUACUCCAUUGCCUACAUGUCAAGGGGUAUUUAAAGGCAUCGGAGUCGCGCUACGUUGCGUAUACGCUGCACCAACGCCCUCAAACGGAAACUUUUUGAUCGCCCCUUUCAUAUCGUAAAAGAAAUAUACGUAGCAUUACAUAAAUUUCAGACCUGUGAACACUAAUUCUUCCAGGAUUUGAGCUCUACGCCCUAGGUUUAACAAAAACAGUCGCUUAACAGACGUUGCAUCGCGUUCAAUGAACCAACCGUACGAAUAUCUGACAAAAUCCACAAAUGUGUGAAAGAAGGUUGGUUACAUCUAUCAGCUAAUUAAAUGAUUUCAUUGAUUUUCAACACUUCAGUACACAAGUUUUUAGUUCAGAGCGAAUGUCAAAAGCUUUAAGGAAGUCUUGAUUUCGAUUGCCUUUUUACUUGUACCUAUAGGUACAUGCCACUCAGGUUUCUCCCUUCUGUUUAAUUUUGUGGCAUUGAAAAUGACGCCAGCAGGUUUAAAGAGGGCAUAGUAAUUGCCCAUCCGCACUAGCGUAAUACAUUCCUUCUGCAAUCCACAAUUUUAUUAUGACUUUUGAGACUAAAAGUUUUUGUUGGCAAAGUAAGGAAAUAAGCAAGAGUACAUGUUAGUCAAAAAAUACUUUUAGACUUCCAGUAACACUCAGAUAAAAGCCAUUAGAUUGUUACCAGACAUAAAAUAAAUUUAAAUCUUGCAAAUUGCCUAUUUAUGAUUGUACAACAUACUGUACUAUAAUUUAAUUCAAAUGUGAAAAUUAAUUAACAUUUUUUAAAUGUGUUUAUCAUUUCAGAAGUUAGCAUUUCAGUAUUUCUUCAUAGUAACAAUUGUAUUUGCUUUCGCAGAUUGACUGACUUGUGAGGUAUAAUAUUUAUUUCUUAGGUGUAAAUAAAAGAGAACAUCUAAAAAUAUGAAACUAUCAGUAUUGUUAUCUUCACCAGAAAGGAAACAUUUAUUAAAAAUUAAAUUAUUCAAACGUUCUUCAUGGAAAAUAUCGCAAAUGUAAUAUUGUAUUUAAGAUUACCACGCAAAGUGACUCUUUAAUCAUAAGUACACAAUUUAGUCUUACAAACAGUAAAAAUGUCUCAAAGACAUAAAUAAUACCGCUCUAGUAUCAUUUAUGAGUUUGUAUGUGACAGUGAUGUUUGUAUAGUGAAUAAACAUGUUGCCAAA